UAAUUUUCUGAUGUCUGGUCACACUUCUGCUGUUUUCCAAAUGAAUUACAGACAAUUUGUCUGAAGCUUCCUAAAAAAAUAAACAAAAUAAGUAUGGACAGCAACAACGAUCUGUCAGAUGAGUUAAUAAGACGCCUAAGCGGGGGCGGUGGCCUGGAGGAAGUGAUUGCCAGCGAGAUUUUUGAGGAGACGAACAUAUACGAGGACACAAAUGACGUGGAGAACGAGCCAGAUGACAUUAUCAUAGUGCACAUGGACAUUAGGGAACCGCUCAGCACGCUCAAAAAACUUGUUGAACAAAAGAUUGGCGUUGAGCUACACUACUAUACCUUCUGCUUGCAGGAUGCGCAGGAUCUGGAGCCGCACAAGAACUUGGUCGAUCAGUGUGUCAAGGGCGAGGGUCUAGUGCAGAUCAAUGUACAAAUCCAGACCAUUCGCAAAAAGAUCAACAUUGCGGAUGUGCUAAAGCCCACAGAGGCAGCGCUGGCUACACUGGCCAUUGAGGAGGCUGCACAACUUAGUGCCCAGGACACCAACAGUAGCGGCAAAAGCUCGUCCAGUGGCAGUCCCAGCAAGGCUAGCAAAAAACGUAAACAUAAAGCCGAAGAAUCGUGCGACGUGGAUGUCACUGACGAGGAUAAGGAUGCCGAUGUAGAGGUAACCAAGCCCGUGCUCAACUGGGUGCUGGAUAGCAAAUUUAAGCGCGAGCAAAUCCGUCUCAAAAUACCUGAAUCUGUGAGUGAAUGGACGCCAGCGCACGUCGCCCACUGGCUGGAGUGGGCGGUGAAAGAGUUCGAGCUGCGCGACCUCAACAUGGACGAAUGGUUGAUUACGGGCCAGGCGCUGUGCGCCAUGACGCACGAGCAGUUUAGCCGCAAGCUGCCACGAGAUCCUGGCAAUGUAUUUUGGACGCAUCUACAGCUUCUGAAGGAAUGCAAUUUCGUUUCCGUGGUGCACAAACAAGCCGAAGAGCUUCGUAAACCGAAGCAAACCAAAUCAGCGACAGGUGCCAACAUCUCCGGUGUUGGAUUGGAGCAACGUAUUAUGCGCAAAUCCUUUCAAAGCGUUAAGAGCAACGACUCCUCCGAGAGUUCGCCAGCGCCGCAAAGUCCCAGUCAUCAUAAUAGCAUUGGCUCCGGCAACAAUGGCCAGGUGCAGCUCUGGCAGUUUCUGCUUGAGAUUCUUACUGACAGCGAGCACACGGACAUCAUCGAAUGGGUUGGCACUGAGGGCGAGUUUAAGCUAAGCGAUCCGGAUCGCGUUGCCCGUCUGUGGGGCGAAAAGAAGAACAAGCCUGCCAUGAAUUAUGAGAAGCUGUCUCGUGCGCUGCGCUACUACUAUGAUGGUGAUAUGAUAUCUAAGGUAUCGGGCAAGCGGUUCGCUUACAAGUUCGACUGUGAUCUGAAGCUGUUGAUAGGCUACGAUGCCAGCGAGCUAUCCCGUUUAGUCAAUGAGCGCAAAUGGGCCGAGCAUCUGCAGGCGGCGCACAAGGACGCCAGCAACGAUGCGACAUGACAACCGGACAUUUCCCUCAA